AUGAGGGUUCUCAAGACCGUGAAGCAAGUGGUGGAAUGGAGAAUCUCUAAUAUCAACACGAGAACUCAAUCGAGUGGGUUUGUGCCCACCAUGGGAUGUUUGCACGAAGGCCAUGUAUCGCUAAUACGAGCUUCCAAGAAUGAAAAUGAGUUUACCAUUGUGAGCAUAUUUGUAAACCCAUCUCAGUUUGCACCCAGCGAAGAUCUCGACAAAUACCCAAGAACGCUGCAAAAUGACCUAGAAUUGCUGGAAGCCGAGGGGGUCGAUGUGUGCUUCCUUCCCAGCGCUCAAGAGAUUUACCCGCAAGGAAUUCCAUUGGAUGUGAAGGAACAGAGAGGGCCAUUUGUGAGCGUAUUGGGAGUCAGCGAGCAGCUGGAAGGUCGCACCAGACCGAACUUUUUUCGUGGGGUUGCCACAGUCGUCACCAAAUUGCUGAAUGUGGUGUUGCCCACGCACGCGUAUUUUGGACAAAAAGAUUUCCAGCAGUUCACAGUACUUAAAGUCAUGACUGAAGAGCUGUUUAUGAAUACCAAAAUCAAGAUGAUGCCUAUCGUGCGUGGCUCUAAGGGGCUGGCCCUGAGCAGUAGAAAUCGCUACCUGUGUGCGGAAUCGCGCGACAUUUCCAAAGCAAUCUACCAGGGUUUGACUGCGGCCGCGUCCGUAAUACAGACGCUGGAACCUGGCGCGCAGACCUCGCGAUCCGAGCUCUUGGGCAAGAUACAUGCAGUGUGGGCACCGCACGUGACCGCAGGCGAUUUCACCGUGGACUACGUUUCCGUGGCGCAUUUCAGGUCUUUGGAAGAGCUCGAGUAUGUGUCAAGAACUAACGACGUUGUGAUAAGCUGUGCGGUGUACGUGCAAGACCGAGAGGACAAGACGACAAAAGUGCGGUUGAUAGACAACGUGGUGUUGACCGAUGAGAGGGGUGCAUAG